AUGGCGGAUCUGAGUAGCUUCGCGAUCUCGCCCGGUCCGCAGAUGAUCGAGAUGUCGCUGGAAGCGGACGACGUCAUGGGGGCGAUGGACAUAGUGACCGAGGCGGAGAGCCUGCUGCUCACUACUCUCGUGGGCGACAACGUCUCGUUCGAAAUGAGCGCGCCGGCCACCCGCGACCCGCUCUACAUCGUCAUCCCCAUCACCGUGCUCUACUCCGUCAUCUUCUUCACCGGCGUCGUCGGCAACGUGGUGACGUGCAUCGUCAUCUCGCGCAACAAGCACAUGCACACCGCCACGAACUACUACCUGUUCAGUUUAGCCGUGUCGGAUUUGCUGCUCCUGGUGUCGGGCCUGCCGCAGGAGAUGCACUUCAUCUGGUCGCGGUACCCGUACGUGUUCGGGGAAGCGUUCUGCAUCCUGCGCGGGCUGGCGGCGGAGACCUCCGCCAACGCCACGGUGCUCACCAUCACCGCCUUCACCGUAGAGCGCUACGUCGCCAUCUGCCACCCGUUCCUCUCGCACACCAUGUCGAAGCUGUCGCGCGCGGUCAAGCUCAUCCUGGUGAUCUGGGUGGUGGCGCUGGCGUUCGCCGUCCCGCAGGCCAUCCAGUUCGGGCUGCUGGGCGACUCGCCCGACAGGGUCAUGUGCAUCGUGAAGAAGGUGGUGAUGAAGCACUCGUUCGAGAUCUCCACCUUCCUGUUCUUCGUGACGCCUAUGACGCUCAUCACCGUGCUGUACGCGCUCAUCGGGCUGCGGCUGCGUCGCUCGAGCAUGAUGAAGAAGACGGCCGGCUCCUUCAGCCAGAAGAAGAGCACGCACACGCUGGAGCUGUGCGCGUCGGGCGCGGCCGGCGGCGCGGGGGCGUCGGGCUCCGGCGGCGGCGGCGCGACCGGCGGCUCCCGCCACUACCACAGCCAGUCGUCGCGCCGGGUGCUCAAGAUGCUAGUGGCAGUGGUGGUGGCGUUCUUCAUUUGCUGGGCGCCAUUCCACGCUCAACGCCUCGUCGCCAUCUACGGCACCAAGGAAAGGAACCAACCUUCACAUCCCACAAUGCUCACCAUCUACGCCAUCAUGACGUACAUCUCUGGCAUCCUGUAUUAUGUAUCCACCACCAUCAACCCCAUCUUGUACCAGAUCAUGUCGCUCAAGUUCAGAGAAGCUUUCAAGAAUUUGGGCAUGUAA